CAUGUGACGUUUUUCUUCCUUGUUAUGAAGGUGGAUAUUUGGUUCAUGUGUCACCAUGGCUACUAGUAGAACACUUUGUAGUCCAUGUUCAGAACGACAAAUAACGAAAUCCUCAAAACACUGGUGCUCGGAAUGUGAAGAAGCCAUUUGUGAUGACUGCCAAGAACAUCAUAAAGUACUCAAAGCCACACGAAAACACGAACUCAUACCGAUUGACAAGUACAAAUCUCUUCCGUCUUUCAUUACCGAUAUACAGCAGUCAUGUACCUAUCACAAUGAAAAGUAUCAACAAUACUGUGUUGCGCAUGCCUUACCUAUUUGUUUCAAAUGCAUUAAUGAACACCAAAAAUGUAACGUCAUUUCUCUUGAUGAAGUCACACACAACGCCAAGACAUCCGGGAACUUUCAAGAUUUAGAAACUAGAUUAAUGGACUUAUUACAGAACAUUGAUAGAAUCAAGACGGGCCGAACGGCUAAUUUGAGCAAUAUUGAAGAAAGGAAGGGGCGACAACUUGUAGAAAUUCAACAAAUAAGAAAUCAAAUUAACAAACAUUUAGACAAACUUGAAAAAGAAAUAAAACAUGAUCUUGAGAAAAAAGAAUGUCAGUGUAAAAAGAAUAUUCAGAAGAUUUUAUCAGAAGUUAAAGAAAAGGAAAACUUAAUAACAGAAUAUCAGACCAAUCUCCAAAGCAUCAAGCAACAUGGUUCCAAUCUUCAAACAUUUCUAGUAAUGAGCAAUAUUGAAGUGAAGGUUUUUGAAUAUGAACAAUAUUUACAAUCGUUGGUUGAAACUAACAAAUUGGACCCAGUCGACCUGACUUGUAAAGUAGAACCAGGGGUGCUUAGUCUCUUAGACAGUUUGAAAAUUUUUGGAUCAAUUGAAAUACAAACUACGUCGAGUAGCAUUCGUUUAAUCAGACCGAAAGACAAACAAGCGCAGUUGCAAGUAACACCAAGGAAGAACAUAAACGAUUUGAACUUGAUUCUACAGAAGAAAAUUGCAUCCCAAUGUGAGAAUGUUAGAGGUUUUUGUAUGUCAGUCAAUGGCGAUUAUUUCUUCACCGACUAUAAAAGAAAACGGCUGACCGUUAUUGCGCCCGAUGGUACAUUCAAAUAUAACAUUAUGCUUAGUCCUAGUAAUGGGUAUGACAUAACAUUUAUCGAUGGGAAAACUAUUGCUAUCACAUCUGGAGAUACCUUCCAGCUCACGGGAAUUGACAUAAUAGACACCGAGAGUCGAACGAAAAUUAAAUUCAUCAGCCUUCCUGGUCGUCCAUAUGGAAUCACACGUGAUCAAGACUCGCUGUUAGUCAGCGUUGCAGGACGUGGUAUAUAUAAAUUAAACCCUGUGGAUUAUACUACGUCUCACGUGAUCAGUUUUAACUUAACUAGAGGUUCCUACGUAUCUGUAUUCAACGACAAGAUAUACUACACUGAUAAACGUGAUCACAGUGUAGUUUGUUGUGAUCGUAAUGGAUCACGUGUUUGGACUUUUAAAGAUACUUCAGUCUUGAAAAACCCGAGAGCCAUCACUGUAGAUAAUGACGGUAACGUAUUUGUUGUCGGAGAACUGUCGUCAAAUGUGGUUAUUAUAUCAAAUGAUGGAAAACUCCACAGACAAAUUUUGACCAAAGACGAUGGUUUAUGGGAACCGUGUGCACUUUUCUUAGAUAAACAGGCCGGGAAACUUAUCAUUGCGAACGAUAAAGAAACUGCUUUCGUUCACAAUGUUACUUAAAAUGAUUGAAAUUAAUAUGUUUUAUAUGUCUUAAAGUUAGGAAAUACCCGUGAGGCAUCACUGUAGAUAAUGCUGGUGCUGUGUUUGUUGUAGGAGAGACGUCGUCGAAUGCAGUUACUAUAUCAAAUGAUGGAAAACAACACAGAAAAAUUCUAACAGAUAAAGAUGGUCUAAAUGAAUAGUCAGCUAUUUUCUUUGAUAAAUAAACCAGGAAACUAUUUGUUAUGUUAGCACAGAAAAAACUACGUUCCUUUACAGUGUUACUUAAAAUAAUUGAAAUUAAUAUGAUAUUUAUGACAAUUGACCUGUUGUUUUCUAAGAGGCAUGGAAUAUUUAAACUAGUAGAAUAUGUUUUUAACACUGUUUAAAACUCAUUGAUCGAUGAAGUCAAUCUUAUUUCGAAUAUUUUAUUCUUUAUCAUAAUAUAUAAUUUGUUAUUCAAAGAAAUUCAAGUAAUGUUUAAUAUCAAUUUUCAUCGCAUGAAUCUAAGUCUGUAUUUCAAACGAAGUCAAAAACAAAUUAAAAAACAUAAAAACUGUCUACAUUUUUUGUAAUAGAUGAUUUUAAAUUAUGUAAAAGUAGACCUAAAAUGCUUUAAAUAUAUUAAUCAUUGAAUAAACGAGACAGUCUGUUAUU